AUGGCCCCUCUGCUCAGCACGGGCUUCCCCUUUGAGCGGAAAGGCGCCUCUCCGGCUCCGGCUGGGGGGGCCAAAGAGAAGAGAGUCCAGUUUGCCGCCUGGGACGACGUCAAUGUCCUCGCCCACGGCCUCCUCCAGCUGGGACAGGGUCUGAAGGAGCACGUGGACAAGACCAGAGUCCAGGUCCGGGACAUCGGCGGCAAGAUCAAGGGCCUGAACCGGACCGUGGUGGAGCUGGGGAAGGAGAGCCAGAAGUUGCAGCAGGAAGGGGAGGCGCUGAAGGCCAGGGCCCGCGGGUUGGAGGAGCGAGAGGGUCGGAUCCUCAACGUGAGCGUGGAGCUGAGAGAGGAGGUGCAGCAGGAGCGGAGGAGGACGGCGGAGAGGGUGACCCGGCUGGAGCAGAAGGUGGAGGGGCUGGCGCAAGGCGAGAGGAACGGGGUGGACGCCAAGAGUACGCAGAUGAUGCUGGAAGCUCAAAACAAACGCAUUGACGAUCUGAUGGAGCGGAUACGGCUGCAGCAGGAGAAACUCGACAAGCAAAACGUUCGCAUUCGGACUCUGCAAACACAGAUUCAGCAGUCGAGACAGAGAGUAGAAGCCCCUCGCAACGACAAGAGAAGCGCCGUGAUGGAGCAGAGCGACUCCCCAGUGGCCGACACGGCGGCGGAUUGUCACGAACUGUUCCUGAAAGGACAAACGGCGAGCGGCGUCUACACCAUCCAACCGCUGAACUCCGAGCCCUUCAGAGUCUACUGUGAGAUUACUUCUGCGGGCGGAUGGACUGUGAUCCAGAGGAGACAGGACGGUUCUGUCGACUUCCAUCAGCCCUGGGAAGCCUACGAGCACGGCUUUGGCAACUUGAACGGUGAAUUCUGGUUGGGUUUGGAGAAAAUGCACGCCAUCGCCCAAAGCGGGGGCUACAUCCUGGACAUCUCCAUGACCGACUGGAACAGCGACUUGGCGAGCCUGAAGCUGCCCUUCAACCUGGGCGGACCAGAGACCAAAUACUCACUGCAGCUGAAGAAAGAGGGUCCCUUCAGCCCCGUGGAGAGCGCCUUGGGCCGGGACACUGCCGACGGACUGCCCUUCUCCACGUACGACCAGGACAACGACCGCAAGAGCGACACCAACUGUGCCAUGAACCUCUCCGGCGGAUGGUGGUUCAGCAGAUGCGGCCAGUCCAACCUGAACGGCCGAUACUUCCAGAGCCCGCCUCCCAAACAGCGGCACCAGAGGAAGCAGAGUCUGUUCUGGAAGAGUUGGCGCGGUCGCUACUACCCGCUGAGGUCGACUAGCAUACAGAUAGCUCCCGCCGCCAUAACCGAGAUCCGGCAGUGA